AUGAAAAUCAACAACGUUCGUCCGCGGCAUGUGGUUUUCCAUCAGGAGCUGCACUGCAACGACUCCGCCGCGGUCUUCUUUGUAUCAGUUCGGGGAUUUGAAUGUGUUAUGAAAGUGGUGCAUGGCGUGGCUGAAAAGGGCUAUGUGCCUCAAUUCUACAGAAGCAUGGAAAAGCUUGAACCUGAAUUUUGGCAGCCAAAUCUAAAUGUGUUUAUAAAUGACACAGAGCUCCCAAGUGCGAUAUUUAUUGAAUAUAUUCUCAACAUGCGUCAAUUGCAUCUUGACAUCUUUUCCAAAGAUCAUAUGACUAAAUUUGUCCAGGUCAUCAAAGCUAUUACUGCUGCACUGGUCAUGCAUAAUGAUCUGAAAGCUAGAAAUUUCAUGGUCACUUCUGGAGAAAGGGUGGUACUGCUGGAUUUCGAUCGGGCCAGGACAUACAACAAUAACACCAUAACAGCUGAGCAGCAAGAAUGGCUCCGGGAGGAUGUGCAGAUUGUGCAGGACCUUGGGUGUCUACUCGUAGGUCCCACUUACCUGGGAGCUGUCACUAUAGAUAUACCCGACUUACUUACGGAUUCUAGGAAAUGGAUGUUGCUGAAGGCCGCUUGAAUCAUUCCUACCUCUACUUUUGCACCUAAAUCCGAGACGGGUUGCUUCCGCACGAAUGGAGGACGCACUCACACAGCAGGAGGAUGUUUUUUUUUUCAGUCCGCCGCCAAGAACGACCAAUUCUCGUUUUUUCUACACAGUCCUCAAACAGUCGGAUAAGGGGAAAGCCCAGCCACAUCAAAUGUUAUUAGAAGCUAGAUUUCAGUAAGGCACUAUCCCGAAGGAAGUCAUAUUCAUUCUGGCCUAGGAGCUCUAUUGAUAUGGCCUAUCACAUUCCAGUCCUCCCACAGCUAUGGCUCUGUCCUUUUGCUUUUCUUCGAAUCAGUACCUAGAAACCCGCCUGAUUUGCAAUAGGGGGGUUUCCAUUCAUAGAGUGGCUGGGAUUUUCCAUCAGUUUCUGAAAGCCACUUAAUAAAGGGAUUUGCAUCUUUGUGAGUUGUUUCCAUUCACAGAGUGGCCGGGGUUUUCCACCAGUGGAUUUGAUUGGCGUGCCUAAGGAUGUGGGAGGUAUGCUCACCGGGGGGGUCACUCGCCAGACAGUGGUGAUGAGGUCGAGGACAGUUUUCUAGAUGUCCACAUCAGUCGCAUUUUGGAUUAUGAGCUGCGCCAAUGCUUGACAGUAGUUAUAGAUGAAGUAAGCUUGUAAGAGGCGUCUAAAUAAACCAACAAAAUCAGAAGCAAGGAUUUCAUCCCCACCCUCUAUCGUUAUUCCAUUCUCGGAUGUAUACCAUUGUUAAAAGUUUAGUCUAUAAUAGUUGCUCUCUUGUACUGCGUAAUGUGCAGGUAGAAUUAUGUCACGUGCACGCCCGG